AUGGCGCUUGUCACCUUGUUGAAUUCUCCGCAAGCUGUGCUCGCCUUUGGAGGAGCUUUGUUGCUUUUGCCUCUUGUUUACUACGCCAGUCUGGCCAUAUACAAUAUCUUCUUUCACCCUUUGGCACAUUACCCUGGGCCGAUACUUGCCCGUGCCAGCCAUUUGUGGCGUCUGAAAGGAUACUUGUAUGGCACCGAAGCUCACGACAUCUUGGAGGCCCAUAACAAAUAUGGCGGUGUCGUUCGCCUUGCACCGGACGAGUUAUCCUACGUGAGCCCAAUUGCAUGGAAGCAAAUCUACGGUCACAAGACGGCGGGUCAGCCAGAAUGUCCAAAGGAUCCCGGGCAUCACGCGGAUCUCAAGAUUCAGACCAUCCUCAAUGCCGAUCAGGAAUACCACGGUGUCCUCCGCAGGCUGCUCGCACACAGCUUCUCGGACAAGGCAUUGAGGGAGCAAGAAUCAGUCUUGCUCGAGUAUGCCGAUAUCAUGGUCCGGAGAAUUGGGGAAGAAGGGCAAAACGGAGCACGAGCUGUUGAUAUAGUGGAAUGGUAUAACUUCUUCACCUUUGACGUUAUAGGCUAUCUGACCUAUGGUGAAACGUUCGGCUGUUUGUCCAGCUCCGAGCUACAUCCAUGGAUUGAUCUCAUGUUUGUCAUGGUCAAACAAAAGGCCUUCUACCAAUGCCUUCAUCGUCUACCAUCCUUUUUACGACCGGCAUUCAACCACUUCUUCCGCCCCGCCGGGCGUCAAACCACUACGACUGUACCAAAGGGUUUAGCCAGGGAUAAGAUUCAAAAUCGGAUACACUAUGAGACCAAGACUCUGGACCUGGUUUUCAAGCUGAUCGAGGCAUACAAAGACGGCAAAAUGUCGUUUGAACAGCUCGAGAGCAAUACCAUGGUGCUCAUCGUGGGAGGGGCCGAAACUACAGCGACAUUAUUAUCUGGCGCGACAUACUAUCUACUCACGAAUCCAGCCUCCCUGGCGAGAUUGACAAGGGAAGUGCGCACAACCUUUGCCAGCCCGGCGGACAUCAACUUGACCUCGGUCAACGGGUGUCCGUAUCUGCUCGCCUGCCUGGAGGAGGCUCUUCGCGUCUACCCACCAUCCCCGCAGACACAUACUCGCAAAGCCCCGCGCGGAGGGGUCGAGAUCGACGGCCAGUUCGUGCCGGAAAACACGACGAUCGGUGUGCCCAUCUACGCCGCCUGCCACAGCCCCUUGAAUUUCGGGGCCCCGGACAAGUUCAUCCCGGAGAGAUGGCUGGGGAACGAGUCGUCGUCGGCCUCCUUUGCGAGAGACCGGAAAGACGCCGCCCAGGUCUUCUCGAUCGGACCGCGUGCUUGCAUCGGGCGCAAUCUGGCACUUUUGGAAAUGCGACUCGUCAUGGCCAAGCUGUUGUGGCAUUACGAUUUGAAGGAUUGUUCCAGUGGCAAUGGCAACGGCAGCAACGUGUGGGCAGACCAGAGGAUGUACAUGCUCUGGGAUAAGCCGCCUCUUAUGGUCAAGUUGGUCAAACGGGACUCGGAAUAG